AUGAACGGCAAAGGCGCGGCCGGCCCGGGGCCCUCGGGCCCGUUUGACCGGAGCCCCCGCCCCGAGCGCGGCGCCUUUAAGGGCGCGGGCUGGGCGGGGCCGGGGGCGGGGCCAGGGGCCGUUCCCAGCCCAGCGCUCCUUCCCCGGCUCUGCCGCUGCCGCCCCCCUACCCAGCCCCUGCGGCUGCGCACCCCGAGCUCCACCGGCUCAGCUUUGUCCCCCUGGGCGCUGCUGGCCCCCCCAGCGUACCCAGGUGUGUCCCUGUACCUGUCCCCGGGGGCUCUGGGCUGCCCCGCGGGCUACUUCCCGCUGGGCCAGGUGUGCCCACCUGGAUCCACCCUGCUGCUGGGGGCGGGGCUGGGGGCGGGGGGCACCGGCAGCAUCCCGGUGAGUGGGGGGGGUCUGGGGUGA